ACCUCCUAUACCUCCUAUAUCUCCUAUAUCUCCUAUACCUCCUAUACCUCCUAUACCUCCUAUACCUCCUAUACCUCCUAUACCUUCUAUACCUCCUAUACCUCCUAUACCUCCUAUAUCUCCUAUACCUCCUAUACCUCCUAUACCUCCUAUACCUCCUAUACCUCCUAUACCUCCUAUACCUCCUAUGUCUCCUAUACCUCCUAUACCUCCUAUACCUAUCUAUCUCUAUACAUCUUACCCUAGGACAUAA